AUGUGCGAAAAUCAGCCCCACCCACGUGGUAAACCCCGUGAAGAAUGGCUGUGAGCUGCUCUGCAGUGAAGUCGAAGCAGGUAUAUACGUAUCUGUUUCACCACUUCAAAGACUGAAAAUUUUACUAAACUGUAGGGGAAGAUAGAAAUUGAGGGAAGAAAGUUGGACGUGGUGUGCUCAUUGUUUUCUGAUCGAGUAUUUCUGUUCAUCUCAGAGCUACAGAAGAUGGGGACACUAUUGGAUGUCCGUCAGGAAACCAUGCCUGCAACAUCGGCGCACGUAUUCUCAGUUUCCACACUACUGGGGUUGGACACACCAGAGGUUCACGUAUUUGGUCGUGCAAUAGCAGGCCACCUCCUCCUGCCACCAGGCCACGAUCUCACGCUGGCCCUGGGCCUCAAAAAACCGUCUCCUCACAUUCUCCCUCACCUACUCCCUCUGCUGGAGGACUACAAGUUAUGGGAGUCACCUUCAUUACCCACUCCAUCAGCUGACAGUCACAUGACAGGAAACACAGGACUAUAAUCAUACACACCCCUUCCUUCCCCUUCUCUCUAACAUUUUUCUCGAACUUCCAUUAAAAAUCAGAUGUAUAUAAAAAUGACAGAAUGGAAAAUGGUGUAUAUAAAACUGGUGAAGUUUCUCAGCAUAAAAACCUGUAUGACGGUGGUAUAUAGAUAAACAGUGUUCUGUAGACAGUGACAGAGUGUUUCAUUUGGUGUGUGGAGUGACAGGGAUCAUCUGGACAAGGAGGGCAUGGACGACGUAGGUCUGUCCUUGGGCAGUCCAGGCCAGCUGGGACUGGGAGGGCGAGUUGCUCUGCUCACUCACUGCAUCCACAGAGUAGGAACCUGGCUGGAUGUACACCUGCAGAGGUUAGAGAGACAAGAUGAAGCUUCAGACUGCCUAUUGCGGUGACAUCAUUUUAAGACUAUAGAGUGUCUAAUUGAAGGCUCUAUUAUUACCUGAAAUGCCGUCCUCACUUUGAAAUGCUGCCCACUCAGGUCAUCUUCAUAACUGA